AUGACUGCCGCCGCGGGGCCCAAGGGCGCAAACCAACAGAAGCCUAAGAGCAAUGGAGGCAAGAAGGAAGUCAAGAUUCUAAUGCUCCACGGCUUCACACAGUCUGGCCCCCUGUUCCGGGCCAAGACCCGUGCCCUGGAGAAGCUCCUCAUAAAGGUUCUCACACCUCUCGCCCUGCUCCCGGUGCCCAUCUACCCCACAGCGCCUAACCGACUCACGGCCGCCGACAUCCCGGGCUACCAGCCACCCGCGGAGCCGCAAGCCGACGACUAUCAGCCCGACACCUGGGCGUGGUGGCGUAAGGACGAGGCUUCGGGCGCCUACCGCUACCUUGACGAGGGCAUGGCCACUGUCGCUGAUGCCAUCCGCGAGGCCGGCGGUGUCGAUGCCGUGUGCGGCUUCAGCCAGGGCGGUGCCAUGGCCGGUCUUGUGGCGGCUGCGCUGGAGGACCGGCCGACGCCUGAGGGCCAGGAGGGCAACUGGGCACGAGGACUCAGGGAGGCCAACGGCGGGAAGCCUGUCAAGUUUGCCGUUAGCUACUCAGGCUUCUUUGCGCCCGUGGACUCUCUCGCGUUCUGCUACGAACCCAAGAUCAAGACCCCGACGCUGCACUACCUGGGAAGCCUAGAUACCGUCGUUGAGGAAAGCCGCAGUCAGGGGCUUGUGGAUCGGUGCGAGGAGCCUGUCGUCGUGAUCCAUCCCGGCGGACAUCACGUACCUGUGUCCAAGGAGUGGGCGAUGCCGUUGGCUGGCUUCAUCAAGCAGCAUGCUUACGACGCAGAACCCAAAGCGGAGCUUUGA